AUGGAUUCCAUCAAGGUCCCAGAAAUUGCGGUGGAGUAUGACUUGCAUGGAGUCGGCCGCAAAAUUAUAUCGGAGAUCACAAGCCGCGUCGAGACAUGUCUACCCUCAAAUCAGCCGAGAAAGCGACAUAGACGCCCCAAAAAUAAACCGCCCAGUACCAGCAACUCAAGAAUUACCAGGACUGGUGGCGGCGCCCUGCUGCAACCGAAUGACGCUCUAACAUCGCGACGCGGUCACGCUGAGGAUUUGCAGACGGAGAGCCAGCAUGGCCAUACCAGAGCCUCGGGGACAGAACAGAGCUCACAAGACCACGGACGAUUCCAUCCUAUCCCUGGCAUAAUUUCCGAUAAGCCACACAUCCACCACUCUGUAGAAACGGGAUUUUCUCAGCAGCACCCACGAACCACUGAGGUAGAGCGAGAAGGCUUAAUUCGUGAGCCUACAACUAUUGAACGACCUUUUCUGUCUGAAGCAGUUCCUACUCGGAUCACGGCUAUACUAAAUAACGAUCCAAACCCAGGAAUUAGAGCACCGCCAGCGUUUUUUGGACCCGCAGAAAUUUGGGAUUCACCUGGUACGAGUGAAAGGCCUACAAAGCGUCGACGGACAAUGCCAAAUUAUUCGACACAUCAUGGAACAUCUGGCAGUGCGCACAUUCGCGGUCAGUUAAAUGGUAAGAAGAUAAACGAAAUUUUCUACCUCGGCUGGCUCUAA